UUAACAUUGAACCACGAGUUUGAACUAGCGUAAUGGGUGGAUAUGUGUUAGUUUGAUAUGGGUAUAGUGAAAACAGUGUAAUUAUAAUAUUUGUUUCUGUUUCAAAACACUUUAAUUCUCAAACAAUCAGUAAAUGGUAUGAAGAAAAGUGUAUUUUUUACUGUAAACAAGAGUAACAGACAUUCAGAAUUAUGAGGAAAUAUCUCGUGUUAUUAUGCAUAAUUUAUAUGACCACAGUCAGAGUAAAUUGUCAACAAAUAGACUGUCCAGCCGGUUGGAUGACCUCAAGAACGGAUCCAAGAUGGCCGUGUUUUCUCAUUACAAACAAAAUACAACGUACAUGGACGGACGCACAAACAUUCUGUGAACAGAUGGGUGGCGGACUAUGGAAGAUAGGUUCACUACAGGAAAAGAAUUGGAUUUACAAUUUACUGAACGUAUAUCACGGGUAUUAUCCAACACAUGUGGACUGGUGGAUCGGUCUCCACGAUAACCCGGCUCAAACUGGACUUAUUUGGUUGGACAGAUCAGUACCAGAUAUGCAACUUUUACAACCGUGGGUGCCUGGCGAACCCACACAGUAUGAUCGUUCAAAGGCGUGUGUACAAUACUAUAAUGGUUCACUGAGACAUGAGAAUUGUCAACAGACAAAAUACUUCGUCUGUAAACGAUCAAGAAGCAGUGUAGUAUUUUGUGAUGCUAGGAACAGAUGGGAAAGUAUCAAUCAAAAUUGUUACAAGGUGGUUACAAAACUGCGCACCUGGAACGAUGCUAGGGCUGAAUGCAAGAAAGAGAAUGCUGAUCUGAUGAUUGUAAAUGAUCAAAGUACAGAGGUGGUAGUUCACAACUUUAUUGAAUCUCGUAAGGCUGACAUGUGGUUCGGACUAAGGGCAUUCCAGUCUUCAGGAACAUACAGUUACAAGUGGCAAAGUGCUACUGGUCAAAACUUGAGCAGUGUCAACUCGUUUUGGUCCUCACAAUAUCAACUUACCUCCACGGCGCUACAAACAGUAACAAGCACUAAUGGGAGUUCUGCGUGUGUAAUCGCAAACCAUACCUUACCUAAUCCAAACUUCUGGGAGCCUGCCGACUGUGGAAUAAGAGCAUUUUCGCUCUGUCAGAAACCACAAGGCAGGUGUGCUUCUGGUUGGUUAUCACACGGCUACUAUUGCUACCAGAUAGUCACGUGGUACAACCCAUCUUGGCAAGGUGCCAAUUCCUUCUGCAAGACACAGGGAGCAAACCUUAUAAGGAUCAGAUAUAAUUCUACGCAACAGUUUGUAAAUGGAAUGCUGACAAAUCUGAAAUCUAGAGGUGUAAAUGGCAUUUGGAUUGGACUAUCUGAUAACAAUCAAGCUGGAAAUACCUGGUACUGGUCAAGUGGAUCAAGGUUAUACUCGAACAAUUUCAAAAAUUUCAAUGGACAAACGCCAGUUAAUAGACCAGGGGUACAAGACUGUUUUAAUAUAUUUACAGAUGACAAAAAUGGCACAUGGCAAAUAGCAUCUGACUGUGCAAAUAACAAUUCCUUUAUAUGUGAGAUUUCUCGUGGAACCCCUCCAAAACUACCGCCUACACUCGCACCAACACGAACUACUGGGAGUGUUCAAGGUCCGACAACAACUGCUACCCCAGUAACUUGGAGUACCGACUGUGGGCCAUUCUGGGUAAAGGAUUCAAAAACAGCAUAUUGUUACAAGUUCUCCGACGAAACCCUGAACUGGUUCCAAGCACAAUCUGCAUGUCAGAGCGAAGGAGGACAGUUAACCAGCAUUAAUAACUAUGAGGAAGAAAGGUUUAUUGCUGAUCGUUUAUUUGGCUUCAGUUCUCCUGCAUUAUGGAUAGGAAUGAACGACCUUAAUUCACACGUAGGGUACCAUUGGGUGGACGGUACGGGAUUCGGAUAUUUCAACUGGGCGCCAGGAGAACCUAAUAAUUAUAAGGGUAUGGAUGAAAAAUGCGCUGAGAUCAUUCCAAGGGGUAGAAAUCAGGGUAAAUGGAAUGAUGUAAACUGCAAUCAGAAGCGGGGAUAUAUUUGCAAGAAGAGAAGUAAAGUUUUCCACACGGCACCUCCACCAAGAACACCAUCCGUCCCAGCUGGAAUGCAAUAUGGAUGUCCGAGCAACAUCUGGACACCAUACAAGAAUAGCUGCUAUAUGUUCAUGAAGACAGCAACAAACUGGAUGAAUGCAAGGAAGUUUUGUCAGUCACAUAAUUCUACACUGGCCAGUAUAUUGAAUGAGAACGAGCAGAACUUUGUCUUCAGCCAGCUCCCGGCUAUGACUGGGAAGAUCGAUCAACUCUUCAUCGGAUUAAAUGAUAUAGACAUACAGAGGAAAUUCCAGUGGACAGAUGGUAUGGCCGUUACCUAUACCAACUGGGCGGUAAAUGAGCCUAACAACUGGCAGAACACAGCUGAAGAUUGUGUCACCAUCUAUAAAAAGGAUGGAACUUGGAAUGAUCAGAUUUGUGAGGAUCCGAGAGAAGGUUUUAUUUGUAAGACACAUAAGGCGAUAUUACCCAGAAGCACAAGCCAACAUAACAUGGCCGCAGGGUGUCCGGCUGGUGCCAUUGGAUAUGGAUACAACUGCUACCAGCUGAUGAGUUCCAUGGCAACGUGGCAAGUAGCAAGAUCAAACUGUCGAGCAAGAGCUGGAGAUUUAGUAGUUAUCAAGGACAGCUAUCAACAAGCGUUCCUUGCAUCUCAAAUUGCCGGAAGAUCAGGGUUCUAUUGGACCGGUUUGUCACACAGUGGACCAAGUGGAAGUUUCCAAUGGGUUUCAGGGGACAAUCUUGCAUACACUUCCUGGUCCUCCAAUCAUACCGGUAACGACAACAGUUCUUGCAUCGCAAUGAGAACUAAUGGGCCCGGGGUAGGCUUAUGGCUGGAUAUGCCGUGUACGGCAAAGUUCAAGUACAUUUGUGAAUCUUCGAGGUCCGGGUUCAGUACACCAUUGAUUCCGACUACAACGACAAUAACAGUACCGGUAUGUCCGCAGAACUGGAAUGAAUUUAACGGUUACUGUACAAAGGUGUAUAACUCUAACGAAGACAAGAAAAGUUACUUUGAUGCUAGAAGUGCCUGCCGAGCUAUGGGGGCAGAUCUUGUAAGCUUACAUUCAUAUGCAGAACAAUCAGCUGUAUUCUCUUAUAGAACAAUAGGUUAUACAUCAAAGACCUACUGGAUUGGCCUAAAUGACUUUGACAUUGAAAAGGGAUAUAAAUGGUCGGACGGUACAGCAGUGAACUACACUCACUGGGGCGUUGGUGAACCAAACGAUGCUGACGGGACAGAUGAUUGUGUAGAAUAUAACUCGCGAUCUAGAAGAUGGAAUGAUGCCUCGUGCUACAUUGCCAAGAAUUUUGCCUGUAAAAUCAAGAAAGGUGUCAAACUUCAGAUGACCAAAGCCACGCCCCCUCCUACUUAUGCGCCGGAAUGUGGGUCGACACCGGACUGGAAGCUAUAUAAUGGGUCUUGUUAUUAUGUAAAUACACCAAAGGAUGGACCAACAUCCAGAAAGACAUGGUUUGAAGCUAGCGACUACUGUAAACAACAUGGCGGAGAUUUAGCAAGCAUUCACUCUCUAAAAGAAAAUGGCUUUAUUGCCACGCUUAUAACUCGAGCUGUUUCAAGUGAUUGCUGGAUUGGACUAUCUGAUUAUGGAGUGAAUCAAUUUGGAUGGAACGACGGCAGUCCUUUUGAUUUCGUACACUGGUCUGGUGGUGAGCCGAAUGAUGCAUUUGGUUCUGAAAAAUGUGGACAAAUUAAAAGCUCAAAUGCUUAUUGGAAUGACAAUGACUGUAACGAGAAGUACCACUUUGUUUGUAAACGACCACAGGGAAAUAUUGCCCCUACUACUUCACUGCCGACCACUCUCAUAUCAGGAGGAUGCCCCUCUGGAUUUACAUCUGUCAGCAAUGAUAAUAAAUGUUACAAGUUAUAUGGUGCCCGUAAUACAGCACAAAGAAUGAACUAUACCUCUGCAAGGGACACCUGUCGAAAGUCAGGAACAGGAUAUGAUAUUGCCAGUGUAACAAAUCACGAGGAACAAGCAUCGUUGGUCAUAAUGGUGAAUGGGAUGAUAAUUGAUCGUGUUGGCGUUUGGAUUGGUAUUAAUGACUUAAACAAUAACCAACGGUUCACCUGGCAGGACAGUUCGCGCUUACAGUAUACAAACUGGGAUAAAAAUGAGCCACAAAUACACGGACACUGUGUUGAGAUGUAUACAGAUAUUCGCCAUGCAGGAAAAUGGCACAAUAUUAAAUGUGGUGAUAACCGGCCGUUUGUGUGUGAAGCCACUAAAGACCACACGUUACCCACGGUGCCUCCUGUUGCCUGUAGCACGAUUAGCGUACCUGGAUAUGUGGACAACAGUAUGGAUUGUUACAAACUGGACCCAACACCAAGAUCCUGGCAAGAUGCUAUGACGUCAUGUACCAAGGAUGGCACACAGCUUACGUCAGUGAUUACAGUAUUCGAACAGGCGUUCAUUGACACAUUAUCAGCUCAUUUAAACUCUCCAGUGUGGAUAGGUUUGGCAGAUACACAGGGUACUGGUACCUAUACGUGGAAGGAUGGCAACGCUGUUGUGUACACUAGCUGGGACAAAAAUGAACCCACAUAUGGUGCAGGCAGAUGUGUGGUGUCUAAAAAUGGUCUCUGGGACGACAAAAUGUGCACAGAAGUUUAUCCUUCAAUAUGCAAGAAACCUCUUUUUAAUCCAGUCAGUCCGUUAACACCAAGUCCUGGAGGGUAUUGUGCGGAUAUCACUUGGAAACAGUACAACAAUUUCUGCUACUUCCUAAAUCUAAAUCCGACCUUCUCGUACAGUGCGGCUGAGAAUGACUGCACGAGCAGGGGUAUGCAACUUGCCAGCGUGGCCUCAAAGUUAGAAGAAAACUUCAUUCUUCAAACUUUAGAUUAUGAUCAAGCCGCUUCAGUAAAUAUAUGGAUCGGAUUUAGAAAGAAAGGCGGUUUCUUUUCAUGGUCUGAUGGAGCACCUGUGCGGUAUGUUAAUUGGAACACUGGACCGACGGGUAAAGAUUGUGUCAUGAUGAGACACAUUGACGGAAAGUGGCAGGAUUCAGUGUGUUCUUCUCUCAAGGGCUACAUCUGUAAAACAACUAAACUUCCCGCGACAACGGCCCCAUCCACAACCACAACAAUAAGUACUCCUACAACGUCAACCUUAUCAUCAUCAUCAUCAUCAUCAUCAUCUCCAUCUACAACCACAACAGUAAGUAGUACUACAACUCCUACGUCUACCUCAUCGUCAAAACAGACUUCUUCCAUAUCUUCAAGUAACACAGCAGUACAAAGGAACUCCCCGAGUCAAGGUGGUGCUAGUAAUCAUCCAGUUUCUCCCAAAUAUUCUGGAUCAACGGUCUAUAUACCUUCAUGGGCGGACAAACAGAAACAAAACCAGAAUCAGUCAAACGGGGAUCUUAGUGCCGGACAGGUGGUUGGGAUAGUUGUGGGUACAUUGCUUAUAUUGGCAAUUGCGUGUGUUGCACUUCUAAUUGUCAAGCGGAGAAGCGAUGGGAAUAUGUUUUCAUUUCAUCGUUUGAUAGGUAGAGGAGGCGUUGGUGGGUUUGAUAAUGCUGCCUAUGAUAAAGGAAUGGACAGUGUGAAUAUAACUAAAAAUGGCAAAAAUGGACAUGUAACAAAUGGAAAUAGUGUCGUAUUUGCAGACUUUUCAGGAGAAGAUGGGUCAUAGCUUCAUAGUUUUCGAUUAUUUCAUUGUUUCAUUUACCUGUCACAAUAAUCAUAUGGCAUUUAAUAGGGUUAAGUGCAAUGGCUGGUGCAAUAAAUUAAUGUGUGUUUUAUGUUGAAUUGUGUUAUGAGCACUGCCUUUGUCGAUACCCAUGAUUUGACUACUUACGUUUCACUGCAUAUGUUAACCGUUGCUUAAUUGUUUAGCUUUGUACUUAAUACACCUUACCACAUUGUUGUAUCAAUAAAAAUCAUGGAAGUUUUUUUCUAAUGUAAACUCAAACAGGCUUUUCAACUAUCUUGCUAAUUUCUUUGAGACCCACAUAUAGAUAAAUGUUUGUUGCGUUAAGACAAUCGUAAAAUAAGUAAAAAUUGUUUCAUCGUAAGUGUAAAAAUACUGUUAAAGCGCUUUUGUUAUUUUGGCAAAUUUGUCUUCAAAGUACUAAUAUUACAUUUGUAAAUUCACCACAUACUUAGAAAGCUAUGUUGUAAAUACCAUAUAAAAUAUUUACAAAAUCGAGUACUGCAAUGAUAUGAUGUUAUUCUUUUUCUCAUUUUUAAAAAGUCACAAAAUAUACAGUUUUGGAUUUACUUUAAGUAAUGUUAUCAUUUAUAAUGGUACAGAGGUGUAUAUACUAAAUUUUACUGAUAUGUGGCCAAACAUCGAACAACAUUUAUAUAUGGUUAUUUGUAGCUGAUUUUGUUUAAAAUUUAAUGUAUAAUUCCAAACACGUGUCAGAAAUUUCAUAACAAGAAACCCGAUUUUUAACGGACUGUUAUGAAAUUUUCACAAAUAAAAGUUCACGAAAUCUCCGACAGACUGAUAUUUGUUCAGUUCUCUGUUUUUCUGUAUUUUAGACUCACCAAAGCACAACGAACUGAAUGAAAGGUACAGUACCCGAUUGUCGUCCGUUGUCCGUCAGUCUGCGUUAAAAUUAUUUUUAGUCCAUAUCUCCUCUGAAAUCAUUGGCUGGAAAUUGAUGAAACUUAGCGCAAUUAUUCCUCUGAUUGUCCUCUUCCAGUUCUGCUUCGAUGCACGUAAGAGCGAAAAUUGGAAAAUCUUUAAACGAUAUGAGCCGCGCCAUGAGAAAACCAACAUAGUGGCUUUGCGACCAGCUUCCGCGCAGUCUGGUCAGGAUCCAAGCUGUUUGCUAACGGUUUCUCUAAUUGCAAUAGGCUUUAAAAGCGAACAGAAUGGAUCCUGAUCAGACUGCGCGGAUGCGCAGGCUGGUCUGGAUCCAUGCUGGUCGCAAAGCCACUAUGUUGGUUUUUUCAUGGUGCGGCUCAUAUGGUUUGAUUUCGACGUAAGUUCAGUGAAAUGUCUGUGGGUGACAUUCUAAGAAGAGUGUCCAAUUUAUUCAUGUUUUAAAAGACAUGGCCGCAAGACGGUGCGGUCACUUUGCCCUAUUUGUUAUAGUUAAAUAUUUACUAAACCUGUUCAGAUUUUUCCUAUUUAUAACAAACAUAACUGUCACCUUCCCUAUAUGUAUAGUGUAGGAACUUUAAAAAAGAUCUUGUUAGAAUUGCUGGUCCAAUUUUGAAAAGAGCAUUCAUGACACAAAUGUUCCUUAAGUAAUCCUUUUCAGGUUUGUCAAAAAAACAUGGAACUUUAGAGAAAUGUUUCUUGGAACUUUUUGUCUAAUAUUGUUCUAAUAAGUCCCAAAGUCCGAUUCUUAAAACCAUAACCGCCAGAUCUAAAUAUUUAAAUCUCCAAACUUUAGCUACUCCUUACCCAUUGGCCGGUUAUGAUUUUUGUUCUGAAAUACAUCGUAUUUCAUGAGUGACCGUGUGAAAAUAUUUUUCAUAUAUUUCCGAUUUGUCAAAAACAUCAUUGCUGCCAGAGCUAUAAAUAUACAAAUCCUAUAGCGUCAUCGCUUCUCCAAAACUACCGGUCCAAUAAUGAGAUGAAUUUACAGAAAUUUUAUUCUUCCAUUGUUUAUAGCUGUCUUAAUUUGUCAAAAAAAAACAUACCUGCCUGCCUGCCAGUGGCUAGUUUAGUUUUAGAAUACUUGCAAACCUUCUCCGCUUAAACUGUAGACCAGCUGUCAAAAUAUUUCUUGUUAUACCUGUUCGAGCUGUGAAAAUCUGAUGAGCGAUAUAAGGCCACCAUGGCUAUCAUGUUUCAAAUACAAUGGCAUAUCUAUCGCUUGAUGUUUUCUUUGAAAAUUUACAACAUGUAAUAGUUAUUAAUUAUAUGAUUUUUAUAUGUGUAGUGCUUUCAGCGCCGCCAUGUUUUCUAUAAGUUGACGAUACGUCAUCACUAUUCAUCAUAAUAGUAACUUGAAUGUUAAAACUGUAAGGGAAAAUGCUAGUAUAAUAUGACUUCUAACAUGACUGGAUGUCAGUUAAUUAAUCAUUCACAAAAAAGUAAAACGGUUGACAAUUCUAUGAUCACCAAAAGUUUACUGGUUAGAAAACACUUUGAUUAUGAUAUCAGUUUGCCGCAUGACGUCCAAGUCAUUAAUAUUCGGAUGGAUAUCAGCGUACAUUCCAAUGAGCCUGUAAGAAUACAACAUACAAUGCCAUCUCAGUUUAUUGUCUGGUUUACCACGGUUCAUCACUGAGUUUCUUUUAAUACAUAUUUAACCACUCUGGCUAAUGCCCUCGUAUUUCAUUCGUGAUGUAGUUUUCGUGUUUUGUGGUGUUUUCUUUGUAUUUCAUUUCAACGGAAAUAUUAGCAUACAUUGUGUGUUCAAACCUUUGGCAUUGUAAAUAUAUUUCAAUAUGAAUAUCUUGUA